AAAGCCCCGUCUACUGUCCGUCCUCCAUAUUUCUCAUUCCAUUCGAGAUUUUGUACGAACUGGAUUUUGCUAAAUCUUCAAACCCUAAGGAAGAUAUUGAAAAAACAAACCAUGUCUAGUAAGAAGGAAGAGAAGUCGCAAGCUGCUGCUGAAAGGAUUAAGGCUGCCGCUCUUAGUGCUGCAAAAGGUCUUAGUCGUGCCCAGGCCGAACGUGCUGCUGCGGCUGCUGCUCGGAAUGUUAAUGCUUAUGGGCAGAAGGAAGAAGGGCCUAGCAGAUGGCAGGAGAAAAGGGAAGCAAAGAGGCAGAUGUAUUUGAUGAGUACUGAAAAGGCAGUAAGAUUAGGUGAAAGAAAAGACAUUAAGGGCUCUAUGUCUGGUGCUGGUGGAGCUGCUGCACAAUGCCAGAAAUGUUAUCAGAUGGGACACUGGACCUACGAAUGCAAAAACGAACGAGUUUACAUAUCUCGUCCAUCUCGAACUCAACAACUAAAAAAUCCAAAGCUGAGGAUGAAGAUGGAAGUCUCAUUGGAGUUGGACAACCCAGAUCCUGGUGAGGAGAAGAAGCCCAAGAAGCAUUCGAAGAAGAAAAGUAAAAGAAAGCAUCGGUCCAAUGCAAAAUCCAAUAGCGACAGUGAGGCCUCUGUGUUUGAGACUGAUAGUGGGUCCUCCUCAGUUACUGAAUCUGACGAUUCUUCUGAAGAAAGCAGUUCAGAUUACAGUUCUUCAUCCGAAUCAGAGAGUGAAAGGAGUCGAAGAAGGAGAAAGAAGCAGAAGAGGGGGAGAAGAAAGAGGAGGUACAGUUCAUCUUCUGAUUCUUCUGAUUCAGACUCAAGGUCCGAAUCAGAAUCUGAUUCUGAUAAUGAACGUAGUAGGAGGAAGAGCCGACGACACAGCAGAAAACGCUAGUUAAGGGGGAUCGAGUGAAGCGGAUUAGAAUUGUCGAUAAAUCAUGGCAAUUGUAGUCAGUUUAGAGAUUUGAGUUUCAUUCAGUUUCUUGUUUGGGAAGAUCUGAAGUUUGGGGUUUCAUUUUUGAUUUUAGCAACUACUUCCCUUCCUUUGUUCUCUUCUUAGCUCUUAUGAAUGUAUAAAUUGUUGUUUAUGCUUUACUUUCUAUAACUGUUAUGUUUACAUAUGUUGGUUCUUGAAUAAAUUUUGGUUAAUGUUUAUUUGUCGAUGUCGCACCCAAUUUCAGGAGUGCAGUUCUAAAGAUUGGUGUUGAAAUGUGAUUGUAAUACAUGAGAAAGAUAGUUAGAUUACAAACUGUUGGAAGAAAAUGGAAUAGGGAUUUCAAA